AUGCAAAUCUUUGUUAAGACACUCACUGGAAAAACUAUCACAUUAGAAGUCGAACCAAAUGACUCUAUUGAUGCUAUUAAGGCUAAGAUCCAAGAGAAAGAAGGAAUUCCACCAGAUCAACAAAGACUUAUUUUUGCAGGCAAACAAUUAGAAGAAGGAAAGACUCUUUCAGAUUAUAACAUUCAAAAAGAAUCAACACUUCAUUUAGUCUUAAGAUUGAGAGGAGGAUAUUAA